AUGCUCGACUACCGACUCAAGACUCGCUACUUGAGAAGGUCUACUUCCAAGGCUCAGUAUGUGUCGCACGAUGCAUUCCUAGCGGCACUUCUGGCUAUGCGAUCCUCCGCGCCUUUUCGAGCGUUUCACCCUGAUGCUACGGUCAGGUUCUCGUGGGCUAGUCGCUCGAUUGCGCCGACCGAAAACAUCGCCGCGCCUGUAAGAUGA